AUGGAGCAGAGCUCACAAAGCUCAAGUCGUACGUACCGUCGACAAAAGCGCAAGUUGGCAUGCAGGUAUUGUAAUACUCGCCACAUACGAUGCAAGACCCCCGAGGGCGCCGACCCGUAUGACAAGGCCGCUGGCCGCACCCGCCAGCGUCGAUGUCAAGCUUGCUUAGAUGCCAACGAGGAGUGCGAGCUCGAAAAGCCCACAAAUACAAAUAGUUCUUCCAGAUCACUCAAAGCACGUCAGGCAGAGACGCGCAAAACAAUCCUACAACAGUCUUCCUCUUCCGCGAUUCCGGAACUGUUGCCCACACGACCAACAGAUCAGCAAACCGACACCAGUCCGCAGAACAAUGCUGCCAGGCUGCCAACGUUAGCAUUGGACUCUGCUUAUGCGCCCUCCACCAGCAGGAACUCGGCUCAGGAAGGCUCGGAGAUGCUUCUGGUCCGGCUAACGGAUAUACGAGACAACGAUGAAGUUGAACCUCGUACCAAAUUGACUAAUAAGGUCGUUUAUUUCGGGGACGAGUCCGUUUGGUUCUAUAGCCUUCGAAAUGCUCGGAACGGCAAGUCCAGGUAUUCUACAAGUCCUCAGUCGAUCACCGCACAAUCGGUGGACAGUAACAUCCACUAUAAAGUGCCUCAGACACUAGAUGAUCAGCCUCGAGAUGUGCCACAGGACGAUCUCGACCUCAAGCAAGAAGAAAUUCAUUUACUCCAGCAAAAAGGGGCAUUUUCUCUGCCACCUCCGGACAUCCAGCGUGAACUUCUUGACGCGUACUUUUCAUGGCUUCAUCCUCUUCAGCCGAUCAUAGACAAACAACAAUUUCUUUGCGCUUUUGAAUCAGGUCAGGCACCCAUGAUUCUCCUCCAAGCACUGUUGUUUGCCGGCACAACCUGCUGUGACGAGAUUGUUAUCUUGAAAUAUUGGCCAAGUCGCCGAUCUGCUCAAGCUGAUCAAUACAAGCGGACCAGGGCUCUCUAUGACGCCGACCAGGAACAGAAUCGUGUCACCAUUGUUCAAGUCCUUUUCUUGAUGUGUUUCUGGUGGGGCAGUCCCACGGAUGACAAAGACUUCAGUCACUGGCUGGCGGCAUCUAUCCAUCUGGCGCAAGUGAUGGGCAUGCAUCGAUCAACAAAACACUCUCAAUUAUCCAUCAAAGAUCGAAAACUCUGGAAACGGAUCUGGUGGACCUUAUAUGUUCGGGAUCAUUUCGAUGCUGCAUCCGUUGGCCGUCCUAUGAUGAUCAACGACGACGAUUGUGAUAUUGAACCGUUGCGCGAGACUGAUUUCGAAUACGGAGAAGACGAUAAGCCACCAGUCGGUGCUGGUCACUGCAUUGAAAUGACGAAAUUAGCCACUCUGAUCGGUCGAGCAGUUCGAGCCGUGCGCUCCGGGCAAAAGAACAAAGACCUGGCCGACUCUUGGAAAACGAUUGACAACGAUCUUUCAGGGUGGGAAAAGCAGCUACCGGAGCAGUUCAGAUAUCACGAGGAAGAGCACAGUCCACAAUUGAAGUUGUUUGCAUCCAUGCUCACAUUGGGCCUGCAUUUUUGCAGGAUCGUGCUGCACCGCAAAAUCUUCUUGGACUCGAAACCCAAAGCCGAUUCAAUCUCGAUGGCCCCAGCAUCUGCGAACGCUGUGACGCGAGUCGUCGAGGAGCUAGUCACCGAAGGUCUACUGCCGCGUGCACAAGUACAUUUAAUCGCAGUGAUUUUCGCGUCUUUUACAAUCCACGUUAUUUCCAUGGAACAGAGUCUGGGCGCACGAAGGCGAGUGCUACAACACAAAGCCGAGAUCUGUCUCUUGGGACUGGGCGAAUUUCGUGACUAUUGGCCUUUUGUGGAUUGGAUGUACCGUCUGUUCAGUAAUCUGUUGCACAGGCUGGGGCUUGAAGACGGCUCAUCUCAGGCAGCAUUCGAUAACAAGGAGCUGUCAGGCCCCAACCAACUUCGCCCGGAAAAUACUAUGAUUCUGCAAGAUGACAUAACGGAUAGCACCCCAGACGUUACGCAUGAUAAUCAGACGACCAUAUCUCUACCAAUCUUCGACCAGCAAAAUGCAAACUCGACCGCCGAUGUACAGACAGAACCUUUUGGCGCACGGCAGCAGUUCAUGUCCGCCAUGUUUACGUCGGAUAACUUGUCGGAGAACUUUUUGGACCCUUUUAUGCCUCUUGAUAAUCUCGAAUGGUAUGAUUCGAAUACGGCUGGUCUAGCCUACCUGGGCGGAAACACCAUGCAAUGA